GUGUGUUGCGUGUGUGUUGUUGUUGUCGUUGUCAGUCAGUUGCGACCGCGUCUCGAACGAGUGAGAGUGAAUGUAAACGUGUCGCGCAUGCGCUUUAAGUAAUUGUUGCUCGUCUUCGGCAUUUUGCUGUCACCGUUAUUAUAAUUUAUGCUGUGCACUUUUAUCUACACACUUGGGUGAAUACAUGCGAAAACGCGCACGUUUUAUUAACAAAUGGUUUACAUAAAAACACACAACAAUUUCUCAUGAGUCACGUGAAAUAAUUAAUGAAAAUUUACGCUUCACACAGCAAAGUCGCCGCAAGUUGCAAAUUAUGAUAAGCUGUAAAAGCUUCAAAUGAAAUACACACUUUCCUAAAUACUAGUACGAGUCAUUAUUCAAAUGCGUCGCGUGAUAACAAAACAAAAUCAAUUGAAAGCAAAGUUCCAAAAAAGUGCAAAGCGCCGCCAGCAAAGUUUGUUUAAUUGAUUUCACAAUACAAUCAAGGAAACGAAAUUUUUGUUUAUUUGUGCAUAAUAACAAAAGCAAACACAUAGUACAUCAUAUCCAAAUAAUUUGCAAUCAAUAUGAGUGUUCAAAGCGCGCCCCAGCGGCGGGCAUCACAGCGGGGUCGGAGCUACAGGCUCCAGCAUCCAACAUCAUUAUUAACAUCAUCAUCGUCGUCGUUGUCGUCAUCAUCAGCAACGUGCUGUGCCCUCCUAUUGUUGCUGAUUAGUCUGGGCUACAGGCACGCUUUUGUGCAUUGUUAUGAAAAAAUGUAUAGCCAAACGGAGAAGCAGCGCUACGAUGGCUGGUACAACAAUUUAGCUCACCCCGACUGGGGCUCUGUAGAUAGCCAUCUGGUGCGGAAAGCGCCGCCCUCCUACUCAGAUGGGGUGUAUGCCAUGGCCGGGGCGAAUCGGCCCUCCACCCGUCGCCUGAGUCGCCUGUUUAUGGGCGGUCGUGACGGUCUGGGCUCAAAGUUCAAUCGCACAGCCCUGCUGGCUUUCUUCGGCCAGGUGGUCGCCAACGAGAUUGUCAUGGCCUCCGAGUCCGGUUGUCCCAUUGAAAUGCAUCGCAUCGAGAUCGAGAAGUGUGACGAGAUGUAUGACAAGGAAUGUCGCGGCGACAAGUAUAUACCAUUUCAUCGGGCGGCCUACGAUCGUGACACGGGCCAGAGUCCGAAUGCUCCACGUGAACAGAUAAAUCAAAUGACUGCUUGGAUUGAUGGCAGUUUCAUUUACAGCACCUCAGAGGCGUGGCUCAAUGCCAUGCGCUCCUUCCACAACGGCACGCUCCUUACCGAGAAGGAUGGCAAAAUGCCGGUGCGGAACACGAUGCGUGUUCCGUUAUUCAACAACCCGGUGCCGAAUGUCAUGAAAAUGUUGAGUCCAGAGCGAUUGUUCUUGCUUGGCGAUCCCCGCACCAAUCAGAAUCCUGCAGUGCUCUCCUUCGCCAUUUUGUUUCUGCGCUGGCACAACACGCUUGCGCAGCGCAUCAAGCGCCUGCAUCCUGACUGGAGUGACGAGGACAUUUAUCAGCGUGCCCGUCAUACCGUGAUAGCAAGUCUGCAGAAUAUCAUUGUCUACGAGUAUUUGCCCGCCUUUCUGGGGUCCGAGAUGCCAGCCUAUGAGGGGUACCAGCAGGACGUACAUCCGGGAAUUGGACACAUCUUUCAGGCAGCAGCCUUUCGAUUCGGCCACACCAUGAUACCGCCGGGCAUUUACAGACGAGAUGGCGAGUGCAAUUUCAAGGAGACGCCCAUGGGCUAUCCAGCCAUACGUCUGUGCUCUACUUGGUGGGACUCGAGUGGCUUUUUUAGUGAUACAACCGUAGAGGAGGUGCUCAGGGGCUUGGCUUCGCAAAUUUCGGAGCGUGAGGAUCCUGUUCUCUGUUCCGAUGUGCGUGACAAGCUCUUCGGUCCGAUGGAAUUCACGCGACGUGACUUGGGAGCUCUUAACAUAAUGCGAGGACGCGACAAUGGAUUACCGGAUUAUAACGCGGCACGGGAAGCAUAUGGCCUGCCAAGACGAAAGAACUGGACAGAAAUAAAUCCAAAGCUAUUCGAAAAGCAGCCAGAGCUGUUAGACAUGCUAAUCUCGGCCUACGACAAUCAGCUGGAUGAUGUGGACGUAUAUGUCGGCGGCAUGUUGGAAUCCUAUGGGCAUCCGGGCGAGCUCUUCACCAUUGUCAUCAAGGAGCAGUUCCGACGACUGCGCGACGCCGAUCGCUUUUGGUUUGAGAAUGAACGCAAUGGCAUUUUUACUCCGGAGGAGAUAGCGGAGAUACGGAAGAUCACGCUGUGGGACAUUAUUGUGAAUAGCACGGACAUAGCUGUGGAUGAGAUCCAGCGCGAUGUGUUCAGAUGGCAGACGGGCGAUCCUUGCCCGCAGCCCAUGCAAUUGAAUGCCACGGAAUUGGAGCCGUGCAAUCAUCUGGAGGGCUACGAUUACUUCUCCGGCUCCGAAUGCAUGUUCAUCUAUGUGUGCGUAUUCCUGGGCUUUGUGCCCAUCUUGUGUGCCGGAGCGGGCUAUUGCGUGGUCAAGCUGCAGAACAGCAAGCGGAGGCGUUUGAAGAUACGGCAGGAGGCUUUGCGAGCACCCCAGCACAAGGGAUCCGUGGACAAGAUGCUGGCACGUGAAUGGCUGCAUGCGAAUCACAAGCGAUUGGUUACGGUCAAGUUUGGACCGGAAGCGGCUAUAUAUACGGUGGAUCGGAAGGGCGAGAAACUGCGCACAUUUAGUCUGAAGCACAUCGAUGUGGUUAGUGUGGAGGAGUCGGCCACCAAUCACAUCAAGAAGAAGCCCUACAUACUGCUGCGUGUGCCCAGCGAUCAUGAUCUGGUGCUGGAACUCGAAUCCUAUGGAGCACGUCGCAAGUUUGUCAAGAAACUGGAGGACUUUCUGGUGCUGCACAAGAAGGAGAUGACGCUGAUGGAGGUGAAUCGCGAUAUAAUGCUGGCCCGGGCCGAGACACGCGAGCGCCGUCAGAAGCGGCUGGAGUACUUCUUUCGGGAGGCCUAUGCCCUGACCUUUGGACUGCGCCCGGGCGAACGACGUCGUCGCUCCGAUGCCUCCAACGAUGGCGAGGUUAUGACCGUCAUGCGCACGAGUUUGUCAAAGGCAGAGUUUGCCGCCGCGCUGGGCAUGAAGCCCAACGAUAUGUUUGUGCGCAAAAUGUUCAAUAUUGUGGAUAAGGAUCAGGAUGGGCGCAUCAGCUUUCAGGAGUUCCUCGAAACCGUCGUGCUCUUCUCACGGGGCAAAACCGAUGACAAGUUGCGCAUUAUCUUCGAUAUGUGCGACAACGAUCGCAACGGAGUUAUCGAUAAAGGCGAACUGAGCGAGAUGAUGCGCUCCCUCGUGGAGAUUGCACGCACAACCAGUCUGGGCGAUGAUCAGGUCACCGAGCUAAUCGAUGGCAUGUUUCAGGAUGUGGGCUUGGAGCACAAGAAUCACUUGACCUAUCAGGAUUUCAAGCUGAUGAUGAAGGAGUACAAGGGCGACUUUGUGGCCAUCGGAUUGGACUGCAAGGGUGCCAAGCAGAACUUCCUGGAUACCUCCACAAAUGUGGCGCGCAUGACGUCCUUUAACAUCGAGCCCAUGCAGGAUAAGCCCAGACAUUGGCUACUGGCGAAAUGGGAUGCUUAUAUCACAUUCUUGGAGGAGAAUCGUCAGAACAUCUUCUAUCUGUUCCUGUUCUACGUCGUCACCAUUGUGUUGUUUGUGGAGCGCUUCAUCCAUUACUCCUUCAUGGCCGAGCAUACGGAUUUGCGUCACAUUAUGGGUGUUGGCAUAGCCAUUACACGUGGCUCGGCGGCAUCCCUCUCAUUCUGCUACUCCUUGCUGCUACUCACCAUGUCCAGAAACCUCAUCACCAAGCUGAAGGAGUUUCCCAUUCAGCAGUACAUACCACUGGACUCUCACAUCCAAUUCCAUAAGAUUGCCGCCUGCACCGCGCUCUUCUUCUCCGUGCUCCACACCGUGGGACACAUCGUGAACUUUUAUCACGUGUCGACGCAAUCGCACGAGAAUCUGCGCUGUCUCACCCGCGAGGUGCACUUCGCCUCCGACUACAAGCCGGACAUUACGUUCUGGCUGUUCCAGACGGUUACGGGCACGACUGGAGUGCUGCUCUUCAUCAUAAUGUGCAUUAUCUUUGUCUUCGCACACCCCACCAUCCGGAAGAAGGCGUACAAGUUUUUCUGGAACAUGCACACCCUCUAUAUUGGACUCUAUUUGCUGAGCCUGGUGCAUGGCUUGGCGCGUCUGACGGGUCCGCCACGUUUCUGGAUGUUCUUCCUGGGGCCGGGCAUCGUUUAUACGCUGGACAAGAUUGUGUCGCUGCGCACCAAAUAUAUGGCACUGGAUGUGAUUGAGACGGAUUUGUUGCCCUCCGAUGUCAUCAAAAUAAAGUUCUAUAGGCCGCCGAAUCUGAAGUAUUUGUCGGGCCAGUGGGUGCGUUUGUCCUGCACCGCCUUCAGGCCGCAUGAGAUGCACAGCUUCACGCUGACCUCGGCGCCCCAUGAGAACUGUCUGAGCUGCCACAUUAAGGCGCAGGGUCCCUGGACCUGGAAGCUGCGCAACUAUUUCGAUCCCUGCAACUACAAUCCGGAGGAGCAGCCGAAAAUACGAAUUGAGGGUCCCUUCGGCGGCGGCAAUCAGGAUUGGUACAAGUUCGAGGUGGCCGUUAUGGUGGGCGGCGGAAUCGGUGUUACGCCCUAUGCCUCCAUACUCAAUGAUCUGGUGUUCGGCACCAGCACCAAUCGGUAUUCGGGCGUGGCCUGCAAGAAGGUAUACUUCUUGUGGAUAUGUCCAUCGCACAAGCAUUUCGAGUGGUUCAUCGAUGUGCUGCGCGAUGUGGAGAAGAAGGAUGUCACCAAUGUCCUGGAGAUACACAUUUUCAUAACGCAAUUCUUUCACAAGUUCGAUUUGCGCACAACAAUGCUGUAUAUAUGCGAAAAUCAUUUCCAACGUCUGUCAAAGACCUCCAUUUUUACGGGACUGAAGGCAGUCAAUCAUUUCGGACGACCGGAUAUGAGCAGCUUCCUCAAAUUUGUGCAGAAGAAGCAUUCCUAUGUCUCCAAAAUAGGCGUAUUCUCUUGUGGGCCGAGGCCACUCACAAAAAGUGUUAUGUCCGCCUGUGAUGAAGUAAAUAAAACGCGCAAGUUGCCUUAUUUUAUACAUCAUUUCGAAAACUUUGGUUAAGUUCUGAGCCAUUUAGAAAUCUAUCUGCCUGCUGCAACGACAACGAAAAUGUUGACAACAAAUUUCAUUCAUUUAGGUAAUUAAGCGAAUUUAAAACUUUCCCCCAACCACGCGUAUGCAUGUACUUAUAACUAAUCUAACUGAUAUUCAUUCAUAAAUAUUUAGUCAAGUCCUGUUUUAGUGCAUUAUACAAACAAAUUCAUGAAUAGCUAUAGAAAAUUAUGUAACAACAACAAAUACAACAACGAUGCGGCCUCUCUCUAUCUCUCUAUAUAUAUACUAUAUGUAUACUUAUGUGGAUGUGUAUA